AUGGCGCUCAACGCUGUGCACAUUCGCUCUUCCCGCCCCAACCAAGCCGAUCGUCACCAUCCCAUCAUCGCAGCCUCCGACCUCGAUGCCGGCCACACCCCACCAAAGACCAUCGACGAAGACGAUGAAGCAGCAUGGCGUGGUCUGCGUACCCGCACCGUGCUCCGUCCGCCUCCUCGAUUCGUCAAGGCUACCCAGCUGAGCGAGCCAGACCAGCCGACCACCUCGAACAGCGGUGGCUCUAGCGAGCUGUCGGAUGAGCAUAGGCCAUCCACUCCCACUCUUUCGCAGCUCUACGCUUCUCUCACCCAGCACUUGGCUUUCCCAGAACCAUCUUCGCCGUCGUUACCGUCGACAUCACACCUUGUUUCAGCCGAUGUCGCCGAUCCGCUCGUACACACGCACGGAAAGGGCAAGCAGAGAUUGCAUGAUCCCACUCACAGACAUCAUCACCAGCACCAUCCGGAAGCGCGGUACAAGUCGGAGUGGUUCAUCUCCAGAGCGCUCACAAAGAUGCGCCGCUCCAACCAUGUGCCUACCGAAGCUGCCCGCACUGCUGCAGCACAGCCCCCUGCCGCGCCUGCCGCUUCCGCCGCUACCUCCAGGAGGCAGCGCUGCCAGCGCUGCGGAGACCUGCUUCCUGCCAACGCCACGCUCGAGGACAUGGCGCGCCACCGCCAGAGCAUCGGCCAUCGCCUCGGGCUCAAUGCGGAUCUUGCCUCGGCUUCCGCAUCCGAGGCGCCUUCGCCCGCCGCAAGCAAGUCGCCAACCCCAACUGCCACGCCUCCACCCGGCUCAGCUUCGGCCUCAAGCGCUGCCAUCUCGCUGCUCGAGGCUUCCAUGCAGGCGCUGCAUCGUCGCUCGCAAAACGUGCCAAGGCGGCUGUGCAACGCGCCACGCUGGAAGAAGAUCGCCCGGGACAACGUCGGGCACAACAUGCUCUCGCGCAUGGGUUGGAAGGAAGGCAUGGGUCUCGGCGUGCUCGAGUCGAAGCGACACCAGCAAACACGCGACAGGCUCAAGCAGAAGCGGUCCAACGCCGUGCGUCUCCUUCUCCGCCAGCAAGCAUCGGCGGUUCAAUCUGGUCCAGAUGGGUUCGGACCCGACCCGACGGCGGUCGAGCCGCAGGUGCAGGAGGAGUGGCUGCAGCUGAUCAGCCAUCAGCCAUCGUCAUCGCAACGACAGCUGGGACCGUUGCCGCUCGAAGCGGCGUUCCCCUUUGAGCAUCAGGAUCAUACGCCCGAGCAGCAGCGGCAGAUGGCGCAGUCGUGGCUCGACGGCAUGGCGCAGACCGAUGCAGACUGGUUCCAACACCUGGGCGACGAGGACCAGCAGGCGUUGGAGCAGGCAUUGCUCACGGGUCAGAUCACGCUCCAAGACAUCCAGACGGCGCUGUGGGACCUUGCACGCGACCAACGAUGCAGCGCGUAUGCACAUGCGGACGCGGCAGAGGGCAGCGCGCUUCUGCAUCCCGUACAGGUGGAGCUGCGCAGCGGUCGCGUCGGGCUCGGUGCCGAGACGGGGUCUGCACGUCACCGCCGACGGUCGCGCGACGAGGACCGCAGUGUAUCCAUCCGCAGGACGUCAUCUCCGUCGCUCGACAUGCUGGGUGGUGCGCACAAGAAGCCACGUGCUGCUGCCCUCGCUCCGACGGGCGUGAUCAGCAGGUCGAGCUCCAAGGCGGCCGUGCACAAACGCACCGCUCAGCUUGCAGCGAGGAAGAGGCGGCAGCGCGAAAUGGCGUAUGAACAGAGCAAGCGCGAGUGGCUCGACCUGCGCGCGUCGCUCUCGUGA